AUGCGCUUCUUCAGAGCCCUUGCAGCCUUCGGGCUCGUCGCUUUUGCGACUGCGCAGAAUGCGACCUCUACGCAGCUGAGCCUGAUCAGCGCGGCCUCGACUAGCCUCGCGUCUUCCGCGGCCUCUUCCACCGCGUCUCUGAGCCCGCAAGUGAAAUGUCUGCAGUCAUGUGGUUCCGCGGACGUGUGCUGCCAAGCCAAGUGUGUUGGCGUGCCAUGCCCGUCCCAAUCCCAGGCGAACGCGACCACCGAUUGUGCCGCUCAAUGCCCGCAGGGCAAUGGCACGGCCAGCGAGACGGAAGAAUACGCCAACUGUCAAGCAUCCUGCAUCAGCUCCUACUUCCUCACCUCGUCCGCCACUGCAGCUCCCACUGGCAGCCAGACGAGCGGUUCCGCCUCAGCUACCGCCACCUUCGGAGGCGACUCGACUGCGACAGACGGUUCAGCGACAGCGACUGAAGGUGGUUCCACCACUGGCGCAUCAUCCACGGCCUCGGCAACAGGAGAGUCUGGCAAUGGUGCUGACAGUCUUCAUGUUGGGCGUGUUGGGCUUGGGUUCUUGGCACUGGUUGUAGCAGGAAUGGCUCUGUAG